GGGCGGUUAACCUACAUUAUGAGUAAUCGUACAUAACAUACGUUAUAAUCCUGACCGUAGGAUCAAGGGAUUAAAAGCGUGAUUAAAUAAUUGUUUAAGGGUCUGUCUAAAACGUAAUUAUGUGAACCAAAGGUUAAAAUGGUCAAUUUCCUAUACCUAAAUACCCGGCUAAAUCUCAGUAUCUAAUCAAAAACCAUAUUUGAUCAUCAAAAAUUUCGGUGAGUUUCAAACGAUUCCGACCGACGGAGAAAAAACGAUUCCGACCGUCGGAGAAAGACGAUUAACAACGGUGAACAAGCAACGACCAUCGAUUUCACUUGAGAAUGACGAAUACGGCAUUAAGAGAAGCUAAAAGAGAAAGACGGAGCAAGAAAAGAAAUGAUCCGGUGAAGCCGGUGCACAUUAGCGGCAUAACUACAGGGGUUGCUGAUGAUGAUGAUGAUUUUGAGCCCCCGAUUCAGUCGAUGAUGACAAAGCAACCUCAGAAAUUAAAGGUUAAUAGAAAGCAUACAAAUUUAAGCCUAGAAGAUGAUGAUGAUGACUUUGAAGAACCUAUUAGACACUUGAUAGUUAAAAGGGGUGAAAACACAAGAAAAAGGCCAAAUACUACAACUAACCAAGAUGGUGAUGACUUUGAGCCAGUAAAAAAGAAACAAUCGAAAAACGAAAAGCAGAUGGAUCCUAUCGAGGGGAAACGAAAGAUUACCGGUGCAGAGCCUAUUAGGACAGAACCAAGACCGUACUGAUUAUCAUCAUGAUGUAAUAAGCCUACGGUGCAGUCCUUCAGGUUUUUUGGAUACAGUUAAGCACUUUACUGAAGCGCAGGUGGCGGAUGUGAAGAGCAUUGGAUUUGGUGAUGUCCUUAAUAUAAAGCUUUAUCAUAUAAGCACACGUUUAGGGUAUUGGCUCGUACGAAACUAUGACGAGCAAUACAGCACACUAAACAUAGGAAAUCACAAGAUAAAAAUCA